AUGCAGCUGAAGAAUUUGGAUUAUUUGCUGAUUUUCAGCGUAUUCGGGGCUUUGUUCAGCUGUAGCCUGGCAUUUCAUACAAAAAUCGUAAAUGGCAGUGUGGCUUUACCUGGAGAGUAUCCAUAUAUGGUAUCUCUGAGACGUGCCUCUUCGGGUCGCCAUGCAUGUGGUGCCUCUUUGUUAAAUCGUGUUUGGGUAUUAACGGCUGCCCAUUGUGUGGUGAAGCAGGAACCUCACCAAGUUAACAUCCAAUAUGGCAGCAAUGAAUUGGAUCGUAACUCCACGAACAUUUCCAAUGUUACGAAGAUUUUCGUUCACGAAGGCUAUGAUCCUUCGAAUCAAUAUAUUCAUGAUAUAGCCUUGAUGCGUUUGGAUAAACCGAUUAAUGUGGAAAAAGAUUUUCUGGGCAUUCGGUUGCCUGAUUUUAAUUUGCAAACUGAUGCUGAAACUCCAGCCACGCUAGUUGGUUGGGGUCUCAAUGCGACUGGUGGUGUGGUUCAGCAACAUCUCCAGAAAGUCGAUUUAGAAAUUUUCAGUGAUGCCGAAUGUAGCCGUCGACAUGGCAUCGAUAUCCAUCCGACAAAUAUUUGUGCUGGUGUACCGGAGGGUGGCAAAGGCCAGUGCAGUGGUGAUUCUGGUGGUCCUUUGAUUGUUAAAAAUACCCAAGUUGGUAUUGUGUCGUGGUCACGUAAACCCUGCACAGCCUAUCCAUAUCCGGGUGUUUUCACUGAGGUAUCAGCAUAUGUUGCUUGGAUUUUGGAAACCAUAUUGGAUGCUGAAGAUGAGGAAGAUUUCGGUGACAGUCAAGAGGGUUUGAGCGGUAUUGAUGGUAUAUUAAGUGGAAAUUUAAUUGUUAUUGGCUCGAAGCGUUUGGCUUUCUUGAAGAAAAUAUUGAAAUAA